UUUAAGAUUUGAAAUGUUUAUUUGUUUGCAAUCGUGUUAAAAAAUAUAGCUUUUCUUUUAUCUAGCCAAUAUGGAAAGGAAAAACCGAUGUUGCAUUGCAACAUGCACAGGGGAACGUUUUGAUUUGGCUCACAGAUUUCCUCGAUCGCAUGAAUUAACGCAAUCUUGGCUUCAAGCUAUAGACAGUCAAAACUUAAGGAAUAUAAACCUAAGAAAACUUAGCGAUUGUUAUCAAGUAUGCGCUCGUCAUUUUCUUACAUCCGAUUACAGGCAUCCAAAUUCGAGGAAUUUAAAUAAACUAGCAGUUCCAUCUUUAAAUCUUAAAGAUCUGAGCCAGCUACACCUGGCGAGGGAUUCAACACCUCGAGGUGUUGAAAAUGCCUCUGUUCAAACCGAUUCAUCAACUAUGAAACCACUAUCAAUAAAUGAUGGUACCGAUGAGGAGGCAGAUAACGUUCCCGUGGAACUAGUAGAAUGUAUUGAAAUGUAUUCAAACGAAUGUGAUUAUGAUAUUAAAAAACAUCAACUCAAGGAGGGCGAACGGAACAAUAUAUCGUUUAAGAUAACAGAAUUCUCAUCUGUUUUCGAAAUCGAACAUCCAAAAUAUGAGAAACCUGUUUAUUUGAAUGCAUUUUGGCUUCGAUUUAAUUGUGAAUGCUCAGAUUGCUUCGAUUUGCAAACUUACAGAAAAAAAAUCAAUUUUAUGGAUAUACCCGAGUAUAUUCGACCAAAAGAGAUAUUUAUUGAACCCCUUGAUACUCAUACUCUGUUUAUUGAAUGGGAAGAUGAUCAUAAUUCCACGUACGACUUAGAAGACGUUUUAAGAAAUCAAACAUCCAAAGAGUGUUUGUUUUCCAAAAAACUACUUUUUGACUCGAUUACUUUUAAGGAAACCCCGCAAACUGAGUUUUCCAAAUUAGUCUGCUUUGAUGAUACAGUUGAAAAGGUUUUUGUUAAUCUUAUUCUGCAUGGAUUCGUCUGUGUAACAGGAAUUUCAACGCAGAAUGCAUCUAUGGCUAAGUUGGCAAUACAACGGCUAUUUCCACAUCAACAAAAUUUAAAUUUUGAUGUAAUCGAUGAAACUCAUUCAGAAGUUUGCUCAAAUAUAACAUAUGCCAAUAUUGAUAGUGGCUUGAAAUGCUUCUUUUCUACACAUAAAUCAGAAGUUCUUUUAGUUGAUGGUUUAAAUGUUGCCGAACAAUUAAAAAAAUCUGACACAUUUGCCUUUGAUAGGCUCAUACAAACACCGGUUUUACUGAAAGUGCGAGACAAUAAUAUUUGGUAUGAAAAGCUAGGACAUGUUAUCGAUUAUGAUGACGAAAUAGGAGAAAUUAUCAGGAUCCAAUUGGACACGCAAAUAAUGGGUUCGCUGAACAUGUUGCCACAACUGAAAAUUCAUGAUUUCUAUGAUAGUCUGAAACUAUUUAUGACAAUUAUAAGGACUGAUAAAAAUCAAAUACUUUUAAGUUUGGAACCAGGAACCAUGAUUAUUCUAGAUAAUUGGAGAGUUCUGCACAAACUAUCAAGCAAUAUCGGAAUAUGGCAGUGUUAUUUGAACAGAAACGAUUAUAUUGGACGAGCAAGAUAUUUGGGUAUACUUUAAUUUUGAUUUAUAUGUAUGUUGUACCAAUGAGUUUUUAAAACCUUCAAAUUAUUCGUGUAAAAUGUGAAAAAUCAUGCAGUUCAUUUUAGAGGGAAAAA